AUGGCAGACAGAGACUCAGAUGAGUUAAACAUUGAUAACGUAAUAAAAAAAUUAUUAAAAGUUCGGGGCGAGAAGCCUGGUAUGAAUGUACAGUUAACGGAAAUUGAGAUAAAAGGGCUAUGCUUGAAAUCGCGGGAAAUAUUCUUGUCACAGCCUAUUUUACUUGAAUUAGAAGCUCCGCUAAAAAUAUGCGGUGACAUCCAUGGUCAGUACUAUGACCUGUUAAGGUUGUUUGAGUAUGGUGGCUUCCCUCCAGAGUCCAACUACCUGUUCCUUGGAGACUAUGUAGACCGUGGGAAGCAAUCACUAGAAACCAUAUGCUUGCUUCUCGCCUACAAGAUUAAAUACCCAGAGAACUUUUUCCUGUUACGAGGCAAUCAUGAGUGUGCUAGCAUCAACAGGAUUUAUGGAUUCUACGACGAGUGCAAAAGGAGGUAUAACAUCAAGCUAUGGAAAACUUUCACAGACUGCUUCAACUGCUUACCCGUAGCCGCGAUAGUGGACGAGAAGAUAUUCUGCUGUCACGGCGGUCUGUCGCCGGACCUGCAGGCGAUGGAGCAGAUCCGGCGGAUCAUGCGGCCCACGGACGUCCCGGACCAGGGGCUGUUGUGCGACCUGCUGUGGUCCGACCCAGACAAGGAUGUCGCCGGCUGGGGCGAGAACGACCGCGGUGUCAGCUUCACCUUCGGUACAGAGGUGGUGGGCAAGUUCCUGUCGAAGCACGAGUUCGACCUGAUCUGCCGAGCUCACCAGGUUGUGGAGGACGGCUAUGAGUUCUUCGCCAAGCGACAACUCGUCACCCUGUUCUCUGCUCCUAACUACUGCGGCGAGUUCGACAACGCCGGUGCGCUAAUGUCUGUGGACGAGACGCUGAUGUGCUCGUUCCAGAUCCUGAAGCCGGCCGACAAGCGCAAGCUGUACUCCGGACUCAACAUGGGCCGCCCCAACACUCCGCCUCGCGCACAGCCCAAGAACAAGAAGAAUUAA